GCUUUUGAGCGCGGACCACUUUUGCACCCGGCUUGGCUGGAAGGUAUAAAAACGUUUCAGCGGACUCUUCGUCAGUACGCUGAUAACUCCCUACUGAGGAAUUGCUAAGAAGAAAGCCAGAAGUUUUGAAAUUAUGGAUCCUUGUGCUUGCGCUCAGACUGGAUCUUGCAGUUGUGGGGACUCAUGCAAGUGUAAGGACUGCAAAUGUACGACAUGUAAGAAAAGUUGUUGUGCCUGUUGUCCGGCCGGCUGCAGCAAGUGCGCUUCCGGCUGCGUCUGCAAGGGCAAGACUUGCGAUACCGCCUGCUGUCAGUGACGGCCGUCCACUGCGAGGACCGUAUACAGCUACUAUAACAUGUUUCCCUCAACAUUUGUACGUGAUUCUUUAAUAAACUAGAUGUUAUCUGACUGGGGCUUUUGAUCAAUUUCUGAGUUUAUAAAGCUUCUUUGAGAACAAUGUUAAUUUUGAACUGAGAUGUGACAUCUUGGGCUCGGCAUUAAAUGGUGGCAGACGAACCAGUUUAUUGAUGGUACUUUUUGUAUCUUCCUUCUGCUCUUCAGAUCCUGAUCUCGUAGCUAUUUAUUAGCUCAAAUGCCUUUUUUUUUUUUUUUUUUUUUUUUUUUUUAAUAGUUAAGGAAGCCUGAAACUCUAAAGUGUAAUGUUCUCUUAUAGAUAAUUUGGCAACUUUAUUUGUGUGGGUAAAACUGCAUGCUUUUUCUAUUUGACAUUAACCAGAGCACAAUUGCCGUAGCCGUUACAAUGUAUUUCCUAACUUGGUGUAGGGUUGGAGCAGAAGAGCUGCAUGGUACUGGUGACCUCUGGGCAUGACAGUGCCAUCAGCCAACCUCUAGCCUAGUUCAUAUGCAUACCUUUGAAGAGGGUGACUUUCCCACCACACCGAGCACCAGAUUUUUGGUAGAUUACUUUUGUCCAUUGACCAGAACAAGUGCCAAACCAAUUGGGGUACUUUAGGGUGGGACUUUAUGUAUGAAGAUCUGUCUACUGCAUUUAUUUUGGUGUCUACAUCUGCGUAAAUUUCCAUGUUCUGGUUUGAUUAAAAA